GGGGCGGGGCGGGGCGGGCCGGGCGGUCCCUCAUGGCGGCGGCGCGGCCCGUCAGGCCGGCGGGGCCAGGCGGCCAUGGAGCACAUCAGCACCCCAAAGGUCGAGAACGUGAAGUUGCUGGAUCGCUACGCGAACAGGAAGGUGGCCAAUGGGACAUUGUACCUGACAGCCACACACCUGAUCUACGUGGAGGCUUCUGCUGAAGUCAGGAAGGAAACAUGGAUCCUGCAUCACCACAUUGCAAGUGUGGAGAAGCUGCCCCUGACCACAGCUGGGUACCCCCUGCUUAUCCACUGCAAGAACUUCCACGUGGCUCACUUUGUCCUGGGGCAGGAGCGGGACUGCCACGAUGUGUUCACCUCCCUGCUCAAGCUCUCACAGCCAGUGAAACCUGAAGAACUUUAUGCUUUCUCUUACAAUCCUAAAAUGUCUAAAGAGAACCGGGAAAUUGGGUGGAAACUAAUUGAUUUAAAACUGGAUUACCAGCGCAUGGGAAUUCCAAACGACUACUGGGAAAUAACGGAUGUUAACAAGGACUACGAGGUUUGCAGCACAUACCCUCCAGAAAUCGUGGUGCCUCGAGCUGCCUCCAAGGCAGUGGUGAUGGGAAGUUCAAAGUUCAGAAGCCGAGGGCGGAUUCCGGUGCUUUCUUACUUGUAUAAGGAAAACAAUGCUGCCCUGUGCCGCUGCAGUCAGCCCCUGGCCGGGUUCAGCGCACGCUGCCUGGAGGACGAGCAGAUGCUCCAGGCCAUCCGAGAGGCCAACCCCGGGAGCCCCUUCAUGUGGCUUUAUUUCAUCUGUGCAUGUAUGUCUGUGAAAAGCUUUGGAAUUCUCUUACUAUUUCUAUCCCACCAUUUGAAUGCCAUGGCCAACCGAGCUGCUGGGAAGGGCUAUGAGAACGAGGACAACUAUGAGAACAUUCGCUUCAAAUUCAUUGGCAUAGAGAACAUUCAUGUGAUGAGGAGCAGCCUGCAGAAACUCCUGGAAGUGUGUGAAAUGAAAUCCCCCUCCAUGAGCGACUUCCUCACUGGGCUGGAGAACUCGGGUUGGUUACGGCACAUCAAGGCUGUCAUGGAUGCAGGUGUCUUCCUUGCCAAGGCUGUGAGGGAGGAGAAGGCCAGUGUCCUGGUGCACUGCUCCGACGGGUGGGAUCGCACAGCCCAGGUCUGCUCCCUGGCUGGGCUCCUCUUGGACCCCUUCUACAGGACCUUCAAAGGCUUCAUGGUUCUGAUAGAAAAGGAGUGGAUUGCAAUGGGCCACAAGUUCUCCCACAGGUGUGGCCACUUGGAUGGGGACCCCAAGGAGGUGUCCCCCGUGUUCACCCAGUUUGUGGAGUGUGUCUGGCAGCUCAUGCAGCAGUUCCCCUGCUCCUUUGAGUUCAAUGAGAGGUUCCUUCUGGAAAUCCAUGACCAUGUUUACUCCUGCCAGUUUGGCAACUUCCUUGGGACCUGCCACAAGGAGCGUGAAGAUCUCAAAAUCUUUGAGAAGACCCAUUCUCUGUGGCCUUUCCUCUUACAGAGGAAGCAGGAAUUGAGAAAUCCUUUGUACAGAGGGUUUACAGCUUACAAAGAACUUCAACCAAACACACUGCCUUUCAGUUUCCAGUUUUGGUGUGGGAUGUACAAUCGCUUUGACAAAGGGAUGCACCCAAAACAGUGUGUGUUGGAUCAUCUGCUGAGCUGCAUGAGCCAGAAGGUGCAGCUGGAGGACGAUGCAUCUGAACUGGAAAACAAACUUCCUUUCCUUGACGGUCCUUUGCCUGGUGAAGCUUCCUCCUUCCCCAGAGCAGGACAUGCUGCUCCCAAAGCCCCCGUGCCCAACACUCCUCAGAACUAUGGAGGGGCAGCACCCCCUGUGCUGAGCAACGGGACCUCCCCUGGGGCUGGGGGCUCAGCUGUGGACCAGAAGCACAAAGAGAACCUGUCUCACCACCACCAGGAUCUUGGUGCCUCCACGGAGGUGUCGGACGGGAAUGCUCAGCACCAGUGAGGAGCUCUGGGAAUGCUCAGCACCAGUGAGGAGCUCUGAACUGUUGGGUGAAGCAGGCUCUGGUGGGGUGACCCCAUGGGGUGCAGACCCCCAUUUACAGCUGAGUGUGAGUACAGGGUGUGCUGGGGGAGCAGGUUGGGUUUGGGACACAUCCCUGUGCAGCUGGAAUGAUGCAGAGCUGACCAGGAGGCUCCUGGAGCUCGUGUAAACUUGGGUUUUGGUGGAAACACGUGUGUUUUUAAGGUUUGUGGCUGCCUGCCAGCACUGGUGUUUGAAGCUGGAAGAAAUCCUGGCCAGUUAAUGCUGAGAGUUGGGCAGUGUUUGUAACCAGAGGAGAGAGGAUGCAAUCUGUCUGUGCUCAGUGCUGGUACAAGGUCAUCUUAAAAUGAUAAAAAAUUCCAGUUCAUCUUAAAAUGAUAAAACCCCCCACCACCCUUUCUUAGCUGUGAAUGACUCUCUGCAUGGACCCUCACCUUGUAGCAGAACUGACUCAGUUUUUGUUUCCUAUGCAUUUUUGUUACACAAAACCAAACCCCCGUGCCUUUUUCUGAGGUUGCUCUCAUGUCCAGCCACACCAUGUGCUGUUUUUAUUAUUGUAGUGUAAAGUGUAGUGUUGGGUCUUUGUAGUCAGUAUUUCUAAGGAGGUUUUUACCUGCUGCAGCCUCCCCAGGAUCUUUGCUGAUCCCCCUGAGUUCAGUAGCUUCUUUCUAAGCUGACCUCUCGAAGAAUAAGUUCUUAUGGACCUCAUUUACUGCAGCAAGGCAGAGUCAGCGUGUAACACAUGGAUUUUUGACCAGAGGGAGGAUUAGAAAUGAGAAAAGAUAGGAAAACAUUUCUGUGGAACUUUUCUCUCUUAUUUUAUGGUCUUGGUUAAGCUGAAGCAAGACAGUAACUCCGUUUUAAGCUGGGAUCAAUGUGCUUUCUCCACAUCCACUGAUGAGGCAGCAAUUACAGAUGAGCUGUGUUCUCUUAUUGAAAUGGGGCCUAAAAUGAUUUUAUCACUUGCUGAGUGAUUACAGAGAAUGUUAUCUUGGAUGUUAAAAGUUACAUGGACUGCUGGGAUGUUUUGUCUGUACCAUCAAGAUGUGGUGAGAUGAACAGUGUCUCUCGUGGCAAUGAACUUGGUAAUUUUGUGACAAAAGGGAAAUUGGGAUGUGAGCCCUCAUUGGAACAUGAAGUGAACAUGAACACCCUGGGACGUGGCUGUGGCUCCAGGGCUUGUUAACGCUACUUGGAGUCUUCCAUGUGCUGGAAUCUCAACUGGAGAUACAGUUCAAAGUUGCAGGUUUAAAACAGGGACGUGUAUUACAUCUAUACAGAAGCCCUGUACAGAAACAAGGACUUUUUUCCCCAAGGAAUGGGUGUCCCUGUCACAAAUGAGUGUCUGAAGGUCCCUCAAAGAACCCCCAGCAAAAGCAGGUUUCAUGGAACAGUAGAAGUGUGACCAAGUUCAUUGGCAAGGUUCACUCUACUGCUUCAUAUACAUGGUUAAAGCACACGCAGAAAAAGCACACUAAAAGAGAAAAUAAAUCAUUGUAAAACCAAAACCAACCAAAAAUUAUCCACCUGGAGGCUGGGGAUGGAAAAGGGUCAGGAUAAGAAGGAAUAAGGGAGAGCCUCCUGUGGAGGCACAAGGUUCAGAGUAGACCACACUGCCAAACUGGGCCCUGGGCUUGACCAACAGUUUAGGGCUAAAGGUUUUGUAGAAUCAUAAGCAGCACUUAAACUUAACAGCACUGAAUCCAUAGCUGGAGGUAAACAAUUUACCAAAGGUUUCCUGGAGGAUUUACUAAAAGCACAACUCCCUUGGAGGCUGAACAGCUCUAAAGUACUUAAGAAUCCAGGAGAACAACAUUCCCAGUCCAUUUGCUGUUGCAUCCCACAGCCCUAAAGGAGUGUGUACAGGUAUAUCCCUGGGAGAAAUUCCCCUGGAAUUCAGUGAAGGACUUCAGUGUUGGAUGCCUUUGCAUGUUCUCAGCGGGCAAAGGGUUGAGGUUUCAGCCCUGGCUCCUCCAAGUAGAGCAAACUUGAGAGUUUUGUGGCUCUGAGAGGUGUCCUGCUCCAAGGGAGAUGCUGGUGCAGCCACCUGUGGUCUAGGAGAGCUCCAAGGGUCUCACUCAGGACCCCUGAUUUGGCUUUAGUCACAGUCAUUUUCCAUCCUGACCUGGGUCAAUAACGUUCUUUGCGAGAUCAAUAAACAAUGUUUAAAAAUCAAUAAAAAUGUUGUUCAACUUGUUCAGGCAAGAAAAAUCAGUUUCCAAGGCUGUUGGUUAAAAACCAGGAGCUCAUUAUCCAGCAGAGUUCCUGGGAACAGACUGUUUUUGAAGAGCUCAAGAGUUCAGCCCAGGUGCUGUUUGUGAAGGCCAAGGCCUAAGGAGCAUUUCUGAGAUCACAGCGUGGCCUGGGAGAGGUGGAGGAUGUUCCACCCCCAGGAAAACUGUCCCACAUUCCACGUUCUGGACAAGCUUCUACAGAUGUUCUUAAUUGCACAGAGUCCCUUUGUGCAGUUAAUUCAGGAUGCUUUUUUGCUUGCUCUUGAAACUGUUGUUUAGGUGCUGCUGUUAAGUUUUAAAAUCAGUUUUUCUCUUUUAUGAAGCAAAUAUUGAAGUGAGCCUUCCCAAUCUCCAGUAAGAAGUAGAAACAUUCCAUUAUAGCAUCAUAAAAUGCAGUAUCUGCCCCUCAUUGUGUUUAUAACCCAGGGUGAAAUCACUGGGUGAGGUUUGGUCUUCAAGGUAAAGUAGAAAAAAAGCAACCAAAAAGUCCCCUGAGUGUCUCACUUUGGGUGAGAAAAUAUCUAUUUUAUUAAGCAUGUCAAAAGACUCUAAAGGGGCAAGAACACAGAGUUCCUUCACUGCCUGGAGUGGCAAAGAGGAAGUUUUUUAAUACUGGGGGGUUGUCAGUCAUAAAGCAAAUAAUAGAGUUGUUUUCAAGGAAGGAGUGGAAGCUGAAAUGAUUGAUUAAAAACCAAGCACACGAAAUGCUGCCCCAGCUAUGACUUACA